UAUGCCACAUUCCAAAGUCCAAACGAGAAAGAAAAACAAAGCGUAAAAGCACCGCGGGGACACAAAAUCACGACACAGAGGGCAGCAGCCUUGGUUUGACUCCCCGUCAAGUAUACAACAGAGCAUGAAAGCAGUGUUUUCCUUUUGGCUCCAUCCGCUGUGAAAUUGGACUUCAGAAAGCUACACGAUGCCGGAAAAAGCAGAUUCAAUUGACUACGUGAUGGAGAAGGCGUCGGGACCUCAUUUCUCCGGCCUCCACCUCGACGGACUCCUCUCUUCUCCGCCUUCCUCAUCCACCUCUUCUCCUGCUCACCGCUCCUCCUCCGCCUCCGCAAUUACCGCUGAUGCCGGCGCUCCCAAACAGCCCUUCGUUAUUGGAGUCUCUGGAGGUACGGCUUCUGGUAAGACCACCGUCUGUGACAUGAUCAUUCAACAGCUUCAUGAUCAUCGUGUCGUUCUUGUCAACCAGGAUUCUUUUUAUCGUGGCUUGACAGCUGAAGAAUCAAAACGUGUGCAUGAGUAUAAUUUUGAUCAUCCUGAUGCUUUUGACACGGAGCAGCUUCUGGAUUGUGUUCAGACUCUCAAAAGUGGGCAAUCAUAUCAAGUUCCAAUUUAUGAUUUCAAAAAACACCGUCGUUCUGCGGAUAGUUUUCGGCAGGUAAAUGCUUCUGAUGUUAUCAUAUUGGAGGGAAUUCUGGUUUUCCAUGACCAGCGUGUUCGCAACCUGAUGAACAUGAAGAUUUUUGUUGACACAGAUGCUGAUGUGAGGCUUGCUCGAAGAAUAAGACGUGAUACGGUUGAGAGGGGAAGGGAUAUUAAUUCUGUUCUUGAGCAGUAUGCGAAAUUCGUGAAGCCGGCUUUUGAUGAUUUUGUUCUGCCAUCAAAGAAGUAUGCCGACGUGAUCAUACCCCGGGGUGGUGGUAAUCAUGUUGCUGUUGAUCUGAUUGUGCAACAUAUUCACACAAAGCUUGGUCUGCAUGACCUCUGCAAAAUAUAUCCAAAUGUUUGCGUGAUUCAGUCAACAUUUCAGAUAAGAGGUAUGCACACGUUGAUUCGAGAUCGGGAAAUAUCGAAGCAUGAUUUUGUAUUUUAUUCUGAUCGACUUAUACGUUUGGUUGUGGAGCAUGGUCUUGGUCAUUUGCCUUUUACUGAGAAGCAAGUAGUUACUCCAACAGGAUCUGUUUAUACUGGUGUUGACUUCUGCAAGAAAUUGUGUGGAGUUUCCAUUGUUCGAAGUGGUGAGAGCAUGGAAAAUGCAUUACGUGCAUGUUGCAAAGGUAUAAAAAUUGGAAAAAUUCUGAUUCACCGUGAUGGAGACAAUGGAAAACAGGUAAAGAACUUUUUAAUGAAUAAGAAGUUAUGUAGAAUGGAGCAUUGCUUUUUCUGUGACUUUUUUUUCCACCCUGUUACUAAGCAGCUUAUAUAUGAGAAGCUUCCAAAGGAUAUUUCAGAACGGCAUGUCCUGCUUUUAGACCCGGUUCUUGCCACAGGUAACUCUGCAAACCAAGCAAUAGAAUUACUCAUACAAAAAGGAGUUCCGGAAUCUUACAUUAUAUUUCUAAACCUCAUCUCUGCCCCUGAGGGGAUCCAUUGUGUAUGCAAAAGGUUUCCUUCCUUGAAAAUUGUCACCUCAGAGAUUGAUGUUGCUUUGAAUGAAGAAUUCCGUGUCAUACCAGGUAUGGGGGAGUUUGGUGACCGGUACUUUGGCACAGAUGACUAACCAGUGAUAAUCGACAUGUAGAUUUGUAAUAUUUGCAUAAAUGAGGUAUUGCCCUUGGAUUAAGACUGUUAGCCUGAAAUACAAACAGGUGCACCCAUUGCUUAUAAUUUGGCAGUUGCCAUCUUGUCUAUGAUUAUUAAUACCACCGUGUUGCACCCAUUGCUUAUGGAAAGGGUGGACAAAUCCCUUGCACAAGGCUCAUGGAUACAAAAUUAAUUUGUCUGUUUCAUAAUUGCCUGAUUUUGCAAUUACCAGAUGGAGAUUUGAAACAUUGAUCAA